AAUUCAAAGUCACAAGUUCGAGAUUCUCAGGUGACGCUCCGGAACAUAAACAUGCCUAAUGGAUUAGGGGGCGGCUGAACUGCUUAUCAAUAAGCAACUAUGGAAAAGAAAGAAUCACUAGAAGAAUCUUCCAAUACAGAACAGACUAAAAUUGAAGGUUUAAAAAAUAACUUUGUGUCCAAUUAUGUUGAAAAUUACACCAAGAAUGAAUUUCCAAUUGAUGAAACAAAUCUAGAAACUGAAAGCACUCAAUCAAUUCAGUCUCUAGGAAGAUUCAAACUUUCUUCAUCCAUUCCAAACGAUUCUGAUUUACAGUUUGAAGAAUUAGAAACUGUUGCAUUAGAUAUACAAGAAGAAACAAAAAAUGUAAAAUUACCAAAUACUCCAGUUGAACAACCACAGCAAUCAUCUGUAUCAAAAGCCGAAUUACAACUCGUCUUUGGACCCGAAAUAGAUGUGUCAAAUAAAUCUGAAUCUAAUGUGGUGGGUAAAACUUUUGGCAAUCAAAUAAUAACAGGUUCUGUGGACAAUAGUGUCAAUUUAAGUGAUGGAAAAAUUACUGAAAGUACUUGUGAAUUUCAGGUUGAAGAUGACAAAUCUGAGCAACCAGUGCUAACAAAAUACUUUACAAAUAUUCCACCUGAAACAAGUGCCAUGAUAGAUCCAUUAGCUGAAGAUUUCUUCAAUUCAGUUUCAACAAAUGUUUCUCCUAUGAUGAAGAGUGUUUCAGAGAUUGCAGUCUUUCAGACUUCCAAACUGGAUGAUGGUCAAACUAUCAGUCUAGAAGAUACAAAUUUCACCAUUGAAGAAGAUAAUGAAAUUACAGAGGAUCUACAAGAAAGAGAUAAGCAUAGCAUUAGUAAUGGGUAUCAAUCUGAAGAAUUACCAUCAUCAAGAAAACCAUCUAGUGAUCAAGAAGAUAAACCUAACUUAAGUAAAUUUUUUGCUGAUGAGAAAGGAGGAAGUGAUCCAGAAGGAAAAGCUUUUUUUGAUGCUCUUGCUGGAAUUGGUAACACUGGCUCUGCAUUUGUAUUAGCUUCUCUUCAACCUGAAGAUAGCACAUCUGUAUCAGUAACAUCUAUGAAUCCAUUAGUGACAAUGACUCAAGAAGAAAUUAUAUCUGAUAAUGGAGAUUUGAAUAAUUAUUAUGAUGCUUGGAUACCUUCUAAGAAAACUCAAAAAAUUCUCGAAGCUGCUAGAAAAGCAGUUCCUGGUACAUUCUUUGCAGAAAAAGACCAAUUAACAAUGCCUGGGAUUAUAAUAGAAGAAGAAUUGGAAGAUCCAAUUAAAACACUGUUGACUGAAGUUUCACCAGAACUGACAAAGGAUCGUGUAGUUUUGACUGUAAAUAGUGUUUCACAGGAUGAAACUGGAUUGAGGCAGUUAAUUGCUGCGGGAUGUUACCAUGCAGCUAUCAAUUUAACUUCAAUUCUGUUAACAAAUGCAGGUCAGGGAGUGGGACAAGGAGGUCACCCGUCUCGAAAUACUCCGUAUACUCUUCAGCUUUGGUUCACAAGACUUGCAUUAUUUAUUAAAUUGAGAAAAUUUUCUUUGGCCGAAGUUGAAAGCGAAGUAUUUUCCGACCUCGAUCAACCAGACAUGUUUUAUGAAUUUUAUCAAGAUGCGUACAAAGGAAAAAAAGGAUCCAUGGCACCAUUCUCUUUUCGAUUAUUGUUGGCUGAACUGCCUCAGUAUCAGGGAAAUCAUCAGAGAACUUUAGACAAGUUAUAUUCUUUACUUGAAACAGUAUCUCUUAUUCUUCAGAAUUUGAAGAAUGGAUUUUCUGAAGAUGGAAGUGAAGCUAACAUGACUGACACCAUAAGAAAGAUGUCAAUUCAAUUGUGGGAAGAAAGAGAGCGUAGAAUUUUAUAUUCGUUAGUUAACUGCGUUCUUUCUUUGAAGGAUUACGUCAUGGCCGUAAAGUUGUUAGAUCUUUUGAUACAAAAAGAUGAGUCUCACAAACCACAGCUUCUUUCAGCCUUUGGUAGAUUAUAUUUACAGUUAGGAGAUGUCAAAGCUGCCCAAGAAUGUUUCAGUCAAGUCACCAUAAUCCGAUCAUCUCUACCAAAAGAAACAUGGCAUGAAGUUGAAGAGCUUGUCAACAAAGCCAUGAUGGCAAUUGCACAGAAUGGAUAUGCCGAUGCAUACAAUUACUAUAAACAGGCUUAUUCUUUAGAUUCAAACAAACCAAUGCUACUAAAUAACAUGGCCAUCUGUUUGCUGUACAUGGGAAAACUGAAAGAGGCACUGGCUCUGCUCGAGAAAACUGUACAGGGCAACACACCCAUGUGUCUGCACGAUGGGAUCAUUUUCAACAUAUGCACAUUAUACGAACUGGAAUCUUCUCAGAGCUUUUCUAGAAAACAGACCAUGCUUAAUCUGGUGGCAAAACAUGCUUCUGACAAUUUCAAUACUUGGUGUUUGAAAAUUCAACCAUCUCACUAGAUAUUUUAAUUAAUACAGCAUACACACAAUAUUCCUCUAUGAAAAUGUUAUUCACAGUACUUAAUACUUCUUACAAUUAAUUUUGAAAUUACAGUAUUAUUUGUCAAUGUAAAAAGAUGUAAGUAUUUACAAAUUAUUUCAGUCAUUUUAAUUUCUUAGAAUCCAACCAAACCACAUUAUUUCAAACUGCAUCUGACUUUGUGUAGAUUCCUGGAAAAGAAAUGUUUUAGACUUAUCUCUAAAUUUUGAAAUAAAACUAUUUAAAAUUA